CCAUAACAAAUAAUGAAAGAGAACAUAACCAAAUUAUCAGCAAACAGUUUUUUGCAAAAUAUUCAAUUUUAUUUAGAAAACAUUUAUUUGGUGUAAGGAAAUUGAGAUUGGGUGCGUACGCGUGUGUCUAAUGUUUUUCGUUAGAAGGGCUGUAAUCGAUAUCGGUCGAAAGUCUGUUCGCUUCCAAUUUCGAUCGUAUUGCAAUGCAGCUAAACAAUUUAAAAAGCAGAACGCAGCAUCUGUUGCAAAUGGGAAUGACAAUAGAAAUAACAAUGAAAACAACACCGAGAACGAGGAGGAAAGCUCAGAGCACGAAACCAAUAACGACCGGCAAUCCGAUACAGAUCUAAUGAUUCGCGGCCAAUUCGAUCAAUUGACCAGCAAAAAUCGUGAAUCGUUCCGGAGUAUGGUGCAUAUGUUCAUUCAACGUGACAAACAUCGUCGUCACCAUGUCGAAUUCAUUUAUGCCGCACUGAAGCAUAUGGAAGAGUUUGGCGUUGAACGAGAUCUGGAAAUUUACAAAGAAAUCCUGAAUGUAAUGCCCAAAGGCAAGAUGAUACCUAGAAACAUGUUUCAAGCGGAAUUUAUGCAUUACCCAAAACAACAGGACUGUGCCGUGUUCUUACUCGAUCAAAUGGAGUACAAUGCGGUGAUGCCUGAUGCAGAGAUGCGGGAUAUAAUACAGAAUAUUUUUGGAGAACGAAGUCAUCCGAUGUACAAACUCUGGCGUCAACAAUAUUGGAUGCCGAAAUUCAAGUAUCUUUCGCCAUGGCUGCUGCCCGAUCCCGUUCCAAACGACGCACUCGAACUCGCCAAAUUGGCUGUAAGACAAAUGUGCACGAUUGAUGUAGAGUCGGCCGUCGAAGUGUUUGACACGGAAAAAGUUGAGGAUAGUCUAGAUAAAACGUGGAUCGUGAGCGGACAAAGUCCAGAGCAAAAGAAACUAUUAAACAAUCACGCAAUAGAAUCACCGCUUAAAGUAGAAGGGCCAUUCGAUAUUCGACUUCGAAAUCGAUCGAUAAAAUAUUUCACUUUAAUCGGAGAAGCCGAGCCAGAUGAAAAUUUCGCACCGAAAGAAGACUCAGAUGAUGUUCAAGGAAUGCAAUUACCAGACUUUUUAAAAUUCUUGUCACCGGAAGUCAAAGAAGUGGCCGUAAUAAAGCCGAAGCGAUCAAUUCAUCAGCAAGACGAUGGUACGAUCUAUGCUAUUUGCGCCACAGGAACAUCGACCAAAGAUUCUUUACUCUCGUGGAUUCGACUGUUGGAAGCGAAUGGAAAUCCAAAAUUAGUGCACAUACCCGUUUUGUUUAAAUUUAAAGCGCCUGUUGACGAUAGAUCAUUAAUUGUUGUAAAUAAUCAAAACGAUAAUGAAAAAAAAUAAUCGAUUGGUUUAGAAUGGAAAAGUUCACAUUUUAAUAAAACAUUUAAUCAAAAUCACAGAAAAA